AUGUGUAAAAAUAUCGUCGAUCGACUUGUUGAUCCGCCCUGGCACGCAGACCCAAAGCGGAAAUCCCUUUGGAUACACGCUGCUGGUGGAAUGGCAAUCGAACGAGCCUCAGAAAUCGCCCUUCACCUCUGUAAACGUUUUUAUCCCAACCAGCUCAGUAUGUUCGUCUACACAGAUACCUUAAACACCGAAGAGGAGUGCAUUCGUGUUACCUCUGAUGGUCAAGUUGUUGAAAGGACGACACCAGUGUUAAAACCCACCGUUCACAUUCGAAUAACGGCAACCGCCUCCUCAGCCUCAAAGGAUUCCCAUUCUCUCCAACUAAAUAUACAAAAUAGUGGCUACACCAUCACACACAUUGUCUGA